CCAAAAGACAUGUACAAAAUGCGUCUUGUUAACACUCCUAGAGAGUCUCUGUGCUCACAUCUAGAAAUCAACUGUAAAAGCAACGAGAAGUGUGUUCUUCUUGAUGAAUUUCUUCCUUUGGUGGGCUGUAAACACAAAACGUUCAGGCCAAGAACCAUAUCACCUAACAUACCGACCACUCAACAYCCAACAACACGACCACCAACUCUACCACCAGCAACCCUCCCACCAACACUCCCACCAAUUAUCCACCCACCAACCAUACCAACUAAGUAUAAACCACCUGGUAAAACAGCUACUGAAAGUGAUAAGCGAACUCAAAAUGAAAGUCCAAGUGGAGGUCAGCAUACUGACCAAUAUGUACCUCCAGAAGUUGAAGAGAUAUACGAAGAUGAUAAAAAGUGGCUUGCUACUUUACUUCCUGUUAUGUUUAUUGGUGGCGCGGUUGUGGUCAUAGCUUGUUUGGUGACAUGUAUCAUAAGAUAUAUAAAGCAGAGAAGGACUACUCAGCAAAAUGAUUCAGACACGGAAGCACAACUUGCUGACAAGAAAAAAGUUAAGAAAAGACGUAAACAUAAAGAUAAAGACACAAAACAAAGCAAUGACAUAAGGAGGAAAAAGAGGAAGAAGCGUAAAAUGGAAAAAUUUGAUGAAGUGAACUAGCGAACAUGUACAAAUCCAGCAGAAGGAAUAGAUAUGCUAUGGAAGAACGUAUAUCAUAGUCUUAUUAUUCAAUCUAAUAGCACCAGCAUAUGUCAUCGAUAUAGGAUUAUGUUAUCUGCCACAAAUUAUCAUCUAAUGUGUUCCUAUUGAACU